AUGCCCCAGGACUCAAAUACAGCGACGGACGACGUACCCCACGACCGCAACACAGGACACCGUCGCGGGAGGUCGGCUAGUCAGCCAGUGACCCCCGUACACAACGCGCCGAUGUCGAGUCCGAGCACGAGGGCUGUAGACCCACUGGACUUUAGUUUCCUGAAUCAAUACAACGCGGGACCUAGUUCCGCACCUUCAUAUCCUCAGCCAGUUUAUAGCGACGACGCAUUCGCCAGAGCAGUACGUUCGUUGCAAGAAUCACCAUCAGUUGUUCCGCAGGUUCCCCCGAUCCCACCCCCGUCACUCAACCCUGCGCUCAACCCUGCGUUGAAUCCCAUGUCAAGUCAGCCUAUGCCGAACCCAACGGAGGCAUUCCUCGCGGCCAUUCCGUGGCUGCAGUACCUGCAGAUACAGAGCAUAUACGGUCAGCAGCAACAGCAUCAACCACAACAUCAUCAGCUGCAGCAGCAGCAACAACUUCAGUACAUGCCGCCGCCUCCCAUGCCUCAGGUACCAUUUGGCUUCGAUAGCGGGCAACUCGGGUCUUUCGUAUCCAACGACGCCGGACCGAGCGAGCCGCCACAACUACCUCCUCCUCAGCCAGUCAGCAAUCCACCAUCACCCGAGGCUGCAGAACCGCAGGAGGGUGAUCAGAUCGGGAGUUCAGACGACAAGAGGAGGAGGAACACAGCGGCGUCAGCUCGAUUCAGAAUCAAGAAGAAGCAGUGGACAUUGAACCUUGAGCGCGGCAUCUCUGAUCUCUCGGGACGUGUGGAAGAGCUCGAGAGAGAGGCUGGUGAGCUUCGAAGAGAAAAUGGGUGGCUGAAGGAGAUUGUCAUGCUAAAAAGCAAACGCCUCGCUGGUGUUGUCCCUGACUUGGAGCAGGGCACGUCGAGUAGUACGCCGGGCAAUACAUCUAGCCCAGGAGGAGAGCCCAGCAGCAGCAGGGACGGUUCGUCGGAGAGGCCUGGAGAGAAGGGGAAGGGAAGAUAA